AUGAUGAGGGAACCGACGCCCCCGGCGGGGGAACCGACGCCCCCGGCGGGGGAACCGACGCCCCCGGCGGGGGAACCGACGCCCCCGGCGGGGGAACCGACGCCCCCGGCGGGGGAACCGACGCCCCCGGCGGGGGAACCGACGCCCCCGGCGGGGGAACCGACGCCCCCGGCGGGGGAACCGACGCCCCCGGCGGGGGAACCGACGCCCCCGGCGGGGGAACCGACGCCCCCGGCGGGGGAACCGACGCCCCCGGCGGGGGAACCGACGCCCCCGGCGGGGGAACCGACGCCCCCGGCGGGGGAACCGACGCCCCCGGCGGGGGAACCGACGCCCCCGGCGGGGGAACCGACGCCCCCGGCGGGGGAACCGACGCCCCCGGCGGGGGAACCGACGCCCCCGGCGGGGGAACCGACGCCCCCGGCGGGGGAACCGACGCCCCCGGCGGGGGAACCGACGCCCCCGGCGGGGGAACCGACGCCCCCGGCGGGGGAACCGACGCCCCCGGCGGGGGAACCGACGCCCCCGGCGGGGGAACCGACGCCCCCGGCGGGGGAACCGACGCCCCCGGCGGGGGAACCGACGCCCCCGGCGGGGGAACCGACGCCCCCGGCGGGGGAACCGACGCCCCCGGCGGGGGAACCGACGCCCCCGGCGGGGGAACCGACGCCCCCGGCGGGGGAACCGACGCCCCCGGCGGGGGAACCGACGAACGCCAGCCUCUGGCUGAGGCUAAUUCUGCUGGUGUUGGUGAGGGCAGUCAUGGGAGUCCCUGUAAUUCCCACCACUUCACGGCAUAAAAAGCAGCUGCUUGCCCUGGCUGGUAGAUGUUCUUGGAACUGGAAGUAA